UAUAUCGUUGUUUUAUUUCAUCAAACUCCACAUUAAUGGCUGAUAUUAAUAAAACCUUGGAAAAUGCUUCAUAUUUUCAGUCAACAAUAAGAACAUGAUUCUGGGUCCCUUUACAAAGUUGUGUUUGAAGUAUUUUUCUACAAAAUAAACGAUGUUUCUGAAGAUUAUUCUGGUAUUUAUUGUACCUGCAGGGAUAUGUGCGGUAAAGGCUUAUACAAUGCCUUGCGCUAGUUUGACCUCUCCAGACGAAGAUCCUUACAAUCAUAGAGAGGAAAUCAAAGAUUCUCGUUUAUCUUGUAAAUACUAUAGAUGUAACAAUGGUAGCUGGGUAGAGGGAUAUAGAGCAUGUGUCUUCAACAACCGAUGCUAUCCAGCGAAUCGGAAAUGGACCUCUGGUUGUAAUAAACUGAAGUGCGUUGUAGAAAACAAAUCUAUGCUAGAAAAAAUCUACAAGACAAUCAUAACAUCUCCAGAAUGUUCCUUCGAGGGCCAAUGCAAGAAGAAAGGGUCAUCCUGGGAAUCAAACUGUAUAAAAUAUAGAUGUGAAUUUAACAUAACAAACCAUCCUGACGGACCAAUAUAUCGUGAGAACCUAAUAUCAGAAGCUAGUUGUAAAUGGGGAAGGAAAUGCAUAAAAGCAGACGAAAUUGUCGAAAAGGACUGUCUGAAGUACAAAUGUCAUAUAGAGUACACCACUGAUGACUGGGGCGUCAAACAUAUCAAUCGCCAUGUCAGACUUGAGAGUAAAGGUACGUGUACCAAUUAG